CUUAACUGAAUUUUUUUCUCACAGUUAAACAAGUACUCCGAACUAACUUGGUAGUAAUUCAUCUAGGUCUUGAUGAGCGAAAAUCCCUUCACUCCAAAGACGUUUGGAAAUCUUGCCCCACGUGCAAGCUCUCCAUCCAUAAAGUUCUGUCAACGGACAAUUGAGGACACCGUUGCUGAGCUUCAAACUGACCUUACCAAUGGAUUGUCCAAUAAUCAAGAUAUUCUCACCAGAAGAUCAAUCCAUGGUGUAAACGAACUCUCUGGUGAUGAAGAUGAAAAUAUUGUGUUGAAGUUCAUAUCGAAUUUUUACGAGGACCCUUUGAUUCUUUUGCUUAUCGGGUCUGCAGUGGUUUCCUUCUGGAUGGGUAAUGUAGAUGAUGCUGUCUCCAUUACAUUGGCUAUCUUCAUUGUUGUCUCUGUUGGUUUUGUUCAAGAAUACCGUUCCGAAAAAUCUCUUGAAGCUCUUAAUAAGCUUGUCCCCGCCGAGGCCAAACUUACUAGAAACGGUAACACUUCCACUGUCCUUGCCUCUACCUUGGUUCCUGGUGAUUUGGUUCAUUUCAGUCAAGGUGAUAGAAUUCCUGCUGACAUCCGUUUGACUGAAACUGUCCAUUUAUCGAUCGAUGAAAGUAAUUUAACCGGUGAAAACAGACCUGUAGAAAAAUCCGCUCAAACCUUAAGUGCUACUUCCACCAGUAGUAUUCUGGGUAAUAUGGUUCCAGUCACUGAUAGAACUUCAAUUGCCUUCAUGGGUACUUUGGUCAGAGAUGGUCAUGGUACUGGUAUUGUCGUUGCCACUGGUGCUAAAACCGAAUUUGGUGCUGUUUUCGAAAUGAUGUCUGAAAUUGAAAAACCAAAAACUCCACUUCAACAAGCUAUGGAUAAAUUAGGUAAAGAUUUGUCUGUUUUCUCAUUCGUGGUGAUUGGGAUCAUUUGUCUUAUUGGUGUUGCUCAAGGUCGUUCAUGGCUUGAUAUGUUUCAAAUUUCUGUAUCUCUUGCCGUUGCUGCUAUUCCUGAAGGUUUACCAAUUAUUGUCACUGUCACUCUUGCCUUGGGAGUUUUAAGAAUGGCUCGUCACAAGGCCAUUGUCAGAAGAUUGCCUAGUGUUGAAACCUUGGGUAGUGUCAAUGUUAUUUGUUCCGAUAAAACUGGUACUUUGACUCAAAAUCAUAUGACUGUUACCAAAUUAUGGGCUGCUGAUUUCUCUGGAUCUCAUAAUUCUCCAUUUUUGGUGGUUGAAAAAUUAAAGGAUUCAGAUUUGAGUUCUCAUCUCACUGAUAAUAUCAACAAAAUUUUGGAAACUGCAAACAUUUGUAAUAAUGCAAGAUAUUCAUCUGAAAAUGAAAAAUAUGUUGGUAAUCCAAGUGAUAUUGCCCUUGUGGAAGCUUUACCUCAUUUUGGUUUAGAAGAUGUCAGAGGUGCAAGACAAAGAAUUAGUGAAAAACCUUUUUCUUCUCGUACCAAAUAUAUGGCUGUCUGUGUUCAUAGUGGUGAUAUUGAUAAGGCUGAAACUUUAGCAAAAGGAGCAGUUGAAAAAAUAUUACAAUUAUCUAAUCGUUACUACGAUAAUAAUUCCGAGGUUAAACCAUUGACUGAUGAAAUUAGAACUACUAUUAUUGCCAAAUCAAACUUGUUAGCUGAGGAAGGUUUAAGAGUUUUGGGAUUUGCUAAAAACAACCUCAAGUACUCAAGCGGAACUAAGAACGAUCAAGAUCCAGAAGAAUUAAUCUUUUGUGGUCUCAUUGGUAUGAAUGAUCCACCUAGACCUAAUGUGGGUAGAUCCAUUGCGAUGUUGAUGAAAGGUGGUGUUCAAGUGAUUAUGAUUACUGGUGAUGCCCCAACCACGGCUGUAAAUAUUGCUAGACAGAUUGGAAUGCCUGUAACUUCAAAGGAUUCCGUUAUGACUGGUGACCAAUUGGAAAGUCUUAGUGAACUGGCUCUUGCUGAAGCAAUCCAUAAUGUAUCCGUUUUUGCUAGAACUACUCCAGAACAUAAGGUUUCCAUUGUUAAGGCAUUCCAAAAAAGAGGUGACAUCGUUGCUAUGACUGGUGAUGGUGUCAAUGAUGCUCCAGCCUUGAAAUUGGCCGAUAUUGGUAUUGCUAUGGGUAAGAAUGGUACUGAUGUUGCCAAAGAAGCGGCUGAUAUGGUAUUAACUGACGAUGACUUCUCCACUAUUUUAAGUGCUAUUGAAGAAGGUAAGGGUAUUUUCUACAAUAUUCAAAACUUUAUCACUUUCCAAUUAUCUACUUCCAUUGCUGCUUUGACUCUUAUUGCCUUGGCUACUUUCUUUGGUUUCCCUAACCCAUUGAAUGCCAUGCAAAUUUUAUGGAUCAAUAUUCUCAUGGAUGGACCACCUGCGCAAUCCCUUGGUGUUGAACCAGUAGACCACGAAGUGAUGAAUAAGCCUCCUAGAAAGCGUAACGAUAAGAUUUUGACACAACAAGUUAUCAAGAGAGUCUUGCAAUCUGCUGCCAUGAUUGUCAUUGGAACCUUGUAUGUCUUUGUAAGAGAACUGACUGACAAUGAAAUUACCGCAAGAGACACAACCAUGACUUUCACUUGUUUUGUAUUGUUUGACAUGUUCAAUGCUUUAUCUUGUCGUCAUUAUUCCAAAUCUAUCUUUGAACUCGGUUUAAAAAAUCUGAUGUUUAACUUUGCCGUUGCAGGUUCACUUGUUGGACAACUCUGUGCCGUCUACGUUCCAUUCUUCCAAUCUAUUUUCCAAACAGAAGCGCUCUACUUGAGUGAUAUUUUACAUCUUCUUCUUCUUACAAGUACGGUAUUUAUUGCUGAUGAAAUCAGAAAGUACUACUCCCGCAGGAUUAUUCCUACAACCACAAACUUUGGAUUCUCUGUUUGAGUAGAGUGCUAUAUAUAGACCGCUAAAUAGUUCAUAUUUAAGUAUUACAUAACAUGCUAUAGAC